UCCACAUACAAUAAACAAUGAAAAAUACUUAUGUUUUUUUUUCUAGGAGAAAAAACAGGAUUCGUUCAAGUUGGACCUAAAAAAUGGUUUUUUCCUAGUGGGUACCAACGUGAAGCACAUAAUUAUUUCAAUUUCGCUGCUAGAUCAGAUGAUAUUUUUGUCAGUACAUUUCCAAGAUCAGGAACCACUUGGAUGACGGAACUGGUUUGGUUACUUGCGAACGAUUUGAAUUAUCAAAAAGCAGCCGAAAUUUCCCUAUGGCAACGUUUUCCAUUUCUAGAAUUCAGUUGUUUCGUACACAAAGAAACCAAAGCAAAAUUCCUUCACGAAAAUAGAGAUGAUUUCGAAAAAUACCAGAUGGUGGAUAUUCUUGACUACCCUGCUUGGAAAUUCCUUUCUGAUUCGCCAGGAAAGAGAUUCAUAAAAACUCACUUGCCAUUCAGUUUAUUACCUCCAAAUUUAUUGGAUGUUGGAUGUAAGGUCAUAUACGUCGCUAGGAAUCCCAGAGAUGUAGCAGUAUCAUUUUAUCACUUAAAUAGAUUAUAUAGAACCCAAGGAUAUGAAGGCGAUUUUCCAGAAUUCUGGGAUUAUUUCCAAAGAAACUUAGUUGCUUGGGCACCGUACUGGGAGCAUAUCAAGGAGGGCUGGAAUCACAGAAGCAAUAAAAAUUGUUUGUUUUUAUUCUAUGAAGAUAUGAAUAAGGACCUACGAAAUAUCAUCGAGAAAGUAUCACAGUUCAUAGGAAAGAAAUUCUCUGAUGAACAAUAUGAUAUUCUAGAGGAUCACCUGAGGAUAGAUCAUUUUCGAGAUAACCAAUCGGUCAAUUCUGACGACAUGAAAAAACUGGGUGUCUUAAUGUCUAACGAAAGAGGUUUUAUUAGAUCUGGUAAAACGGGUGGCUGGAAAAACUAUUUUAGUGAAGAAAUGAAGAUUGGUGCUGAUAAGUGGAUACGAGAAAAUCUAAAAACUUUUGAUUCAGAAUUUCCCAAGGAACUAUUUUAUUGAAUAUGUUUAUGUUUAACCUAUGUACAUAUAUUUUGUUAUUAAAGUUUUAUUGAAUGAAAA